CCUUACUGACGCCAUCAGGGCCCAUCAGUUCGCAUCAGAAAGCCGCUCUUAAAUGAGUGACGAGUCACUGUCACAGCGUAGAGUGCCAGGCCUUCCACAUGUGAUGACAAGACUGUUCGACUCUGACUAUCCAUCGUGUCCGCAAUGCGACAAACCGCAACAACCAGCCAACUCUCAAACUGCCCUCAAUCUGCUUUUCCAACAACACUUCGACCAGUCUACGUUUUAUACGUAAUCUAUCACUACCAGCUUGAAUGAUAGACCCAUACAUCCGUGCCAGCUCCUUCCGCCUAAAGUGAGAGAUAUGGCUGACAGCCCAUCGGACAAGCAGAGCACCGACGGGGUGGAGAAUGAUCAGAUCCCACCACCUGCAGCGGAGUCCCAGGAUCCCCCUGCAGCGGAGGUAGAUGAUAAUACCCAAGACGAGGCUGCUGCAGUAGACGACGAAGACCACGAGCGCUUAAAGAGCUACCUGCGCGGCAUUGUGGAUCAAUACUCUGCCAUCAGUGAGGAAGAACGAUUAGCUUUGGUCGAACAGUCAACCAUAACAUCCUCGAGCCACGAAGACCAGGUACCGUCGUCCAACAGCGAAGAGGAAAAACAAGAAGCAACGACUUUGCCUCAGCAUGCCGCCGAACGACCGCCACAAGAAGAAGACAAGACAGAGCCAUCCUCGGAACCAACAAGUAGUGGGACCCAGAGAAAGCGACCUAGACGAGCAAGCUUAAAGAUGGAUAGUGAGGAGGAAGAGGAUAAGAAGCCCAGAGCAGUUGGACCAGCCAAAGGGUCUGGUUCAGCAAAGAGCAGAAGAAUAGGCAAGGAAGAAAUAAAGCGGAGAGAGGAAGAGCUGGAAGCAAGCUUGCAGAAACGAGCAUCGGCAUCUGCGGAACUAGGCUUAGUUUCGAACUUUAGCAGGGGACAGAGAAAGAGAAAGGGCAGUGAGCCGGUGGGAGCAUCUGCCGGGAAGAAGAAAGAAGCGGCCAAGCAGGAAGCCCUUGAUCCACAGCUUGAGGAGAAGCGACUAAGAGAACGCCUGAAUGGGAGACGGAAACGGGCCAAGAAGAUCAUUGUGAUAGAUUGCCUCAAUGAACAGUACCAUAACCUCACCGAUGAGAACGACAGACUCAAGAAGGAGAACGCAGAGAUACGGGGGAAAAUUGAAAGGGUUCGGGGAAUCAUCCAAGAAAAGCAGCAAAAGGAGCACCAGAGAGCUUUCCAGCAGCAGCAGCAGCAGCAGCUCCACCAACAACAGCACAACAGCUGGGAACAGCCAUGGUGUCUAUGCCUAGUCCAAUGA